AUGUCCUUUAAGGAAGUCAGAGAUCUAGCUGAACAUUUAAAAUUAUUGGGUUAUCCACACACAUUUCCUCUUCAGGCCUUGUCCAACAAUUUUGGCUGUUUGGCUUCUUUUUAUAUUGUGGCUGAAGUUCUACAAUGGUUGGCUGGCUUAUUGGAACCCGGUUCUGUUUUACCAGGAGGCAUUACUACCAAGGAAGAACGUGUUCUACUUAUACGUUCCGCUACUGAAUUUUUUGUCACUAAAUCUGCCAUUAAAUUAAAUCCACGCAAGCUGUAUGCUGCCUCUGCAGUAACAGCAGGGGAAUUGCAAAAAAUUACCAGACUUUUAAUAGCACCCAAUACCACCGAUGAUAAUCAGGAAGAAGAUGAACAUUAUCGUAGUCUUAAUCAAGUUGAUAUUGGUGAUAAAAUGGAUGAUUUAAGGAGGGCACGAGAAUUAUCCUCAGAUUUAACACAACGCGGUGCCACACUGCAUGACCUGCUGCUCAAAGAAAUGCAUAAUAAAGAAGCAAGAGUAGCACAAGCUAAUCGACCCAUGGAAUUGGCUUCUGUUGAGAGAAGUUUAAAAAAUGCAGUGGCUUCCUCACAGGUAAAACUACAAUCGAGUAGAGCUCAAUUGGAAAAUGCUCGAGUAGAACUGAAUGCCCUUAAUUCAAAAUUACAACGUAAAAAGGCUGAAUUGGAACGUACCAAGCAACGUUUGGAAGCAUUACAGAAAAUACGUCCAGCUCACAUGCAAGAGUUUGAGGAACAUGAAAAGGAACUAAAAAAUUUAUUUCAACAAUAUUUUUUACGUUUGCAUGUAAGAGAUGCUUUAAGGGCUCAAUUUGAGGCACGUACUAAGAGAUCAACACCUAUAUCCUCACCUCUAUUGCAAAAGCCAGCCGAAAAUUCAAUGCCUUUUAUACCAGAAGGUCUAUUAGCCGACGAUGAUGAAGAUUUGGAUGAUGAGCCUCAAUUGGAUACAAAUUUUGGUUUAGAACGUGGCAUGCAUGAUAAACGAGAUGAAGCUAGAACUACAACUAACAUGAAAAGGCCGGGAACAGCCACCUCACGUAUUCGACCCACAACAGGAAGAGGACGUACCUCUACUAUAAAGGUUGAUGAUAGGACAAAAGCAGAUCGUUUAGAUCUAGAAGGUGAUAGUUCAUUUGGCAGUUCAGAUAGUGAUUUAGAUAUGGCUGAAAUUUUGGGAAUGAAUGCAAAUGGUGUGGCAGGAGUUGCAGCUGGGGUUAGUGGUACAGCAGCGGGUAUGGGGGACUUAAAUGAUAUGGGAGAUGAUGAUGACGAUGAUUUUGGCAUGGAUUCUAUGGAUAGUAUAAGUAUUUCAAAGAUCACUGGAGAAUUGCAAUUAAGACCUAAAACAGCUAGCAAGCCGGAAAAUCAUAGUGAUGAAGAUUUUUAA